CAAUACAGCUGCCUCGCUCGCCGGCUCAAGAGGCUCCAUCCCGAGCAGAUCACGCAAGUGUCCGGCCGGCGAACCAGUACAAGUUUGCACAGUAGAUAGCGAUGGCGAAUCACGCGUCGGCGACCGCGCAGAAGCGCAAGUGCCCGGAGCACGUCGUCUCCGCCGGUGCCGACACCAAGACCGCCGCGAAGAGCAUCUUCAUCGCCUCUGACUCUUCCACCGCGCCACCGGCGAAGAGGGCCAAGAUGAUCACUGCCGGGUCGUCUUCUGACGCUGCGGCUGCCACUGGCGCAGUUGACACCUCUCUGCCGUCGGUGAAGCAGCAGGCCACGUCGGCGAACCGGUGCGCGACGUGCCGCAAGAAGGUGGGGCUGCUGGGCUUCUGGUGCCGUUGCGAUGGGACGUUCUGCAGCGUGCAUCGCUACUCCGACAAGCAUGAGUGCGGGUUCGACUACAAGAGCGCCGGACGGGAGCAGAUCGCCAAGCACAAUCCCAUCGUGGUCGCUGACAAGCUAGCCCGAAGGAUCUGAAGCUUACAGAAUGGCUGUAGCUAAUCAAAAAAAAAAAAAACACUGGAAGAAUUGUUCAUAGUCCUCAUGGUUUUGACAUUCUCUGUAAUUUUUCUUUCGUUCAACUUGCAAACUACUUUGGGAAAUGAAAUUGAUUGAUUUGUUGAUUGAGUUUUUA